CUUAUGUUGUCAUCCGUCGAGAGGCUGGAAUCAGGAAGUGGACAUUUAAUGUACUAUUUUGAUCGAGCUCGUCGCUGUUCAGCUAUCUAAUUUACAAGUUUAAAAUGGGGCUUUUUGGAAAAACGCAAGAGAAACCACCGAAGGACCUUAUCAAUGAAUGGUCUCUCAAAAUCAGAAAAGAAAUGAGGGUUAUUGACAGACAGAUUCGAGAUAUUCAGAGAGAGGAGGAGAAGGUGAAGAGAUCGAUCAAAGAUGCUGCAAAGAAGGGGCAGAAAGAUGUCUGCAUCAUCCUCGCCAAAGAGAUGAUUCACUCAAAGAAAGCUAUCAGCAAGCUGUACGCCUCUAAAGCCCAAAUGAACUCUGUGCUGCUCAGUAUGAAGAAUCAGUUAUCUGUAUUAAGAGUGGCAGGUGCCAUGCAGAAGAGCACAGAGGUCAUGAAGGCCAUGAACAGCCUGGUUAAAAUCCCAGAGAUUCAAGCCACCAUGACAGAACUCUCAAAAGAGAUGAUGAAGGCGGGAAUCAUAGAGGAGAUGCUGGAGGAUACACUGGAAGGGAUGGAUGAUGAGGAGGAAAUGGAGGAAGCAGCAGAGGCUGAGGUUGAUAAGAUCCUCUUUGAGAUUACAGCUGGUGCACUUGGAAAAGCACCCAGAAAAGUCACAGAUGCCCUGCCUGAACCAGUGCCGAUUGAAGACAUGGCAGCCUCAGAAGUGGAAGAAGAAGAAGAAGAUAUCGAGGAGAUGCAUUCCAGGCUAGCAGCGCUGAGAAGCUAAAAGACCUGUGUUUUCCCCUUGAGCUCUAUAGGCAUAGACAACAUAUCUUACUUCCUCUGUAGCUUUUCUUACCCAUAAAGACACUUUGGUACAUUAAAUUUAGCACUAAAUU